AUGCCACCUAUUUCGUGGAAAAGAUUGUCUAGAAUUGGUACUAACCGUACGCUAAGGAGUUUGGUGAGAGCGUUUUCAGAUAUUGGCGCACCACGCGUGAGAUCCGUAUUAGAACAAGCCUCUAAAAUAAGUAAGAGGAUUAGUCACAGCAAACCCUCGACCUUCGAUGGAAAGGGGGAACCAUUGGAACUUGAGCUCUGGUUAAGGGAAUUUGACAAACGUUUUGAUGUAGUUGAAUGUCUAGAGGAACUGAAAGUCAAUCAGGCUGCAUUUUAUUUGGUUGGGGAAGCCGAGUACUGGUGGACAAACAGUAGAUCGGGGUUAUUGGAGCAGGCUGAAGGGGAUUUCGGUUGGGAUUUGUUUGACAGGGACAUGCGAAAGAAAUUCUACCCGCUGCACGUAAGAAAAGAAAAGUCGAACGAGUUUUCUCGAUUGGAGAUGGGUGGUAUGACUGUUGAUGAAUAUUACCACAAAUUUAUAGAGUACAUCAAGUAUUGUCCCGAUGAUGUUCCCACUGAAGACAAAAAGAUGCAACGUUUUGAACUAGGUUUAUCAUUCGAUAUUCAAAAAUAUAUUGAAAGUGAUCGUUUAACACGUUGGAACAGACGUAUAAGCGCAAGAACAUUCGACAAUUUUCAAGGAAGCGGUUCUAGUGCAAAUACUGGAUUUAAGGGAUUAGAAAAGCCUGCUAAGCCACUACUGGAUCGAGAUGGCAAUGAAAGGAAGUACUUCUGUAGGAGGUGCAAGAGAAACCAUCCUAGGAAGGAUUGUGAAGUUAAUCUGGUUGAGUGCAAUUUCUGCCACAAAAGUGGACAUAGGGAGUAUGAAUCGGUAACAGAAUUCAAACAACUCCGGAAGACAAGUCGAUCAGCAGUACGGGAAUGGUAA